AUGACAACCAGCGCUUCUCCUAUACGUCCGAUAGCGACCGUGCUGUCUGUUGAUCAGAUCCCCGUCACUUCUGUUCUGUCUAAUAAGUCACAGAGAAUUGUGGUUGAUCACGACGUCGACAGCGAUGAGGCGGUCAUCUUAGCCUUGGGAUAUAAGCAGGAAUUCAAGAGAGAGUUUUCGCUUCUCACUACGUUCGGUGUUUCGUUUUCGGUCCUUGGACUGCUUCCUUCUAUCGCCUCUACUCUGUGGUAUUCUAUGGCCUAUGCUGGAAAUGCAGGUCUGACUUGGGGAUACUUGGUCGGAAUGAUUGGUGUGAUGGCCGUGGCCUGCUCCAUGGCCGAAAUAUCCAGUGCUUUUCCGACCUCUGGAGGAUUGUACUAUGCUACAGCCAUGCUUGCUCCACCUAAAUACAAAGCAGUCCUGUCCUGGUUUGUUGGAUGGUCCAACUACUUCGUCCAGGUCACCGGUGCUCCGUCCGUCGCUUACGGAUGUGCCAGUAUGAUCUUGGCUCUGAAGUCCUUUGACGACGCUUCCUACUCCGCUACCAACUGGCAGACAUAUCUGCUCACCUCCUGUUUGACCUUUUUCUGCGCUAUCAUCGCUUCUCUACCAACAAAAUGGAUCGCUUUUAUCAACUCGGGCUCAACGGCCCUCAACUUACUGUUCCUGUUUAUCUCGUUUGUGAUUGUUUUGGGAGGAAACACUAGAGAGGACCAGGGCUUGCCUAAAUUCAACACAAACGAUAUCGCCUGGGGCAUCACCAACUAUACCGAAUGGCCUGACGGAAUUUGCAUCUUGAUGAGUUUCAUGGCCGUUAUUUGGACCAUGUCUGGUUUCGACUCUCCUUUCCACUUGGCAGAGGAGUGUUCCAACGCUCAGGUUGCAACUCCAAGAGCCAUCGUCUUGACAGCUGCCACAGGAGGAACUCUUGGUUUCGUUUUCCAAUUAGCAAUGGCUUACACUAUUGUGGACGUUGACAGCGCUGUCAACGACGAGCUCGGACAACCAUACGUUUCUUACCUUGCUCAGAUUCUGACCCGUGAACGCGUGUACGCUCUCACUGCUUUCGCUGUUGUUUUGUCGUUCGCUAUGUCAUUCUCAUGUAUGAUUGCAGCUUCUCGUGUGCUCUUCUCGUACUCCAGAGAUGGGUGUUUUCCGCUUUCCAAAUGGUGGUCGUCUGUGAACCCAUUAACCAAGACUCCAGUUAAUGCUGUGUGGGCCAACUGGUUUAUGGGUGAAUUGUUGCUUUUGCUGAUGUUUGGAGGUGAGACUCCAAUCAACGCCAUCUUCUCUGUCGGUGCUAUUGGAUCAUUCAUUUCCUUCACUAUUCCUACGCUUCUGAGAAUCACAUACUCUAGAAAGACUUUCCGCAAGGGUCCCUGGAAUUUAGGAAUCAUGUCUGAACCUUCUGGAUGGGUCGCUGUUGCGUUUGUCGUUUUGAUGAUUCCUAUCCUCAACUUCCCACAAUACAGAGGUGCCGACAACACUCCAGACAUGAUGAACUGGACCGUCGUCGUUUACUGGGGAUCUAUGUUCCUGUGUAUGGUGUGGUAUGUCGUCUACGCUCACAAGAUCUACCAAGGACCUAAGAGUAACUUGGGCAAAGAAUCUCUUAUCUCCGACGAAGAGGAAGAUAAUGUCAUCGAGGCCAUCAGCUCCAAAGGACAAGAUGUUCAAUUCUAUGGUGAGAAAAGCUAA